AACUCACAAAGUCAUACACAGCACCCAGAACUCCUCAUUUUUCUCUGCCAAAAAAGAAAAAAAAAAAAAAAAAAAAAAAAAAUAGCGAAGGAGAGAAAUGGUGAAGUUCACCAAGCAGUUUGAGGGACAGCUUGUCCCUGAAUGGAAAGAGGCCUUUGUUGAUUACUGGCAACUCAAGAAGGACAUUAAGAAAAUCCACCUCUUCAACAGUAAUAAUAAUAUAUCCAACAAGAACCAAGACAGCUCUUCUCCCAGCACCUUCUUUUCCUCUUUGAAGAAGUUCUCAUUCUAUGGCCAUCAACAUAGAGACCAUAGGGUCAUUAAAGUUCAUACGAAGCUGGCAUCAUCUGAGAGCAAGGGGGACUUGUACGAGACUGAACUGUUAGAGCAAUUCGCUGAUACCGAUAGUGCCAAUGAAUUCUUUUCAUGUUUGGACCUUCAGCUUAAUAAAGUGAAUCAGUUUUACAAGGGCAAGGAGAGAGAGUUUCUGGAGAGAGGGGAGUCCUUAAAGAAGCAGUUGGAGAUUCUCACUCAGCUGAAAACAGUCAUCAAGCAACAACGCAGCAAAGAAGACUCUUCCCAGGACCCAAAGGAGGAUGCCUCAAUUUCAUGCACCAUCUCAUGUGAGGAUGAAUCCAGUAGGGGCAAAACAGAACAAGAACAGGGGCAGGACAGCACCACAGGUGAGUUUGAGAGAAAUGAUGUGCAAUUUGCAGACUCCCUUAACCCUGAUGAGAUGGGAAAAUCAAUGAGAAUGAAUAAAGAAGAUGAAAAAAUGAGAACUCCUUCGGGCCGUAUUUUCAAUUGCCAGGGGAGGAACUUGAGAAUUAACAUUCCUCUCACAACACCCACUCGCACAUUCUCGGCAAUCAGUUACUUAGUCUGGGAAGAUCUGAUGAACCAGUCCUCCAAGAAAUGCGGCCCCGAAGGAAACAAGCUUCAUAUCAACAAAACCAAGCUGCAUCAUGCAGAGAAGAUGAUCAAAAGAGCUUCCAUUGAGCUCUACAAAGGUCUAGGCUAUCUCAAAACCUACAGGAACCUAAACAUGCUUGCUUUUGUGAAGAUCUUGAAGAAGCUUGACAAGGUCACUAAUAAGCAAAUUCUUCCCAUUUAUUUAAGAGUAGCCGAGAGUUCCUACUUUAAUACUUCAGACAAGGUAAUGAAGUUAGCAGAUGAAAUCGAAGAGCUAUUUACUAAACACUUUGCCAAAGAAGACCACAGUAAGGCCAUGAAAUACCUUAAACCACACCAGCGUAAAGAAUCACAUGCUGUGACCUUUUUCAUUGGACUUUUCACCGGGUGCCUCAUUGCACUAUUUGCUGGGUAUGUCAUCGUGGCUCAUGUGACAGGGAUGUACAGACAGCAAAAUGACAGUGUCUAUAUGGAGACUGUCUACCCUGUGCUUAGCAUGUUCAGCCUAUUGUUUCUGCAUUUGUUUUUGUACGGGUGCAACAUUUUCAUGUGGAGAAAGGCUCGUAUAAACUAUGGCUUCAUUUUUGAGCUAGCUCCUACCAAGGAGCUCAAAUACAGAGAUGUAUUUUUAAUCUGUACCACUUCAAUUACUACUGUAAUUGGGGUCAUGUUUGUUCAUUUGUCACUUGUCGCAAAACGGUACUCAUCUACCCAGGUCCAAGCAAUCCCUGGCCUCCUUUUACUGAUCUUCUUAAUCUUGCUUGUGUGCCCCUUCAACGUUGUCUACCGAUCAAGUCGGUAUCGCUUCCUUUGUGUGAUAAGGAAUAUAAUUUUGUCCCCUCUCUAUAAGGUUGUCAUGCUAGAUUUUUUCAUGGCUGAUCAACUAUGUAGUCAGGUGCCAAUGCUCAGAAACCUCGAGUACAUUGCUUGUUACUAUAUAACUGGAAGCUACAGAACUCAGGACUAUGGAUAUUGCACUAGGACUAACAAGGAUCUUGCUUAUGCUGUUUCGUUUUUGCCAUAUUACUGGAGGGCGAUGCAGUGUGCUCGGCGGUGGUUUGAUGAGGGCGAGACAUGCCAUCUCACCAAUCUAGGAAAGUAUGUAUCAGCGAUGUUAGCAGCAGGAGCCAGAGUGGCUUAUGAAAAAGAAAGGAGUGUUGGAUGGCUAUGUCUUGUGGUAGUCAUGUCCAGUAUUGCAACAGUUUAUCAAUUGUAUUGGGACUAUGUAAAAGAUUGGGGUUUGCUCCAGUUUCAUUCCAAGAACCCCUGGCUAAGGAAUGAACUAAUGCUUCGUCGGAAAAUCAUUUACUUCUUCUCUAUGGGAUUGAACCUUAUUCUCAGGCUUGCUUGGUUGCAAACUGUUCUCCAUCCAAAUUUUGGUGGUGUUGACUAUAGAGUAACUGGAUUAUUUUUAGCAGCCCUUGAAGUAAUCAGAAGAGGGCAGUGGAAUUUCUACAGGUUGGAGAAUGAGCAUCUUAAUAAUGCUGACAAGUUCAGAGCUGUUAAGACAGUACCACUUCCUUUUCAUGAAGCGGAUGAAGAAGACUGAUACGCAUUGGCAUCAAAACGCUUACAGAAUAUAUAUACGUAUGAUUUGAGGCCAUAUAUGGUUCGAAAAGGAGCCAUAAUGUCACUGACCAAGUUGAUGUAACAGGACUUGGUUGCUAAUUUCUAUUGUUCCCUAGAUUUUAGAAUAAUGGUUCAUACUUGUACACAGAAUUUUAUUCAACGAGUGAAUGAAAGUAACAUAGUUGCAUUAGUACGGAUUUGUGCCAUUCUCGUGGUGGCUUUCGGUUCAUAUUCUGUUAAUAACAUCAAAGAUAUAUAAAGCUAGUGUGCCAUGUGAUGGCUCCUAUUGGGUUUGUUAGAA